AUGGGGGACACAGAUGAAACUGUUGCUUAUGAGAUUAAUCAGACUCAAGAAACUGAAACUGGAGUGUCAGCGACUGGAGUGGUAGAUGUAGACAAGGAGCAGCAGCAAACCAAGGAUGGAGAGAAAGUGGAUGAAGAAUCCAAGAAAAGAAAACCCAUGGCUCUAAGAUCUGAUGUAUCGGAUAGUUUCAGCAAGGCCAAACUCGAUAAUGGGGAAGAGAGAGCCAAGUGCAAGUGGUGUACCAAGCUCUUUCAUUGUGGCUCAAGAACAAAUGCCCAUUUUAUUGACAAUGACUGGAACCUACAGAAGAAAAUUAUUGGUUUUUUCUUGGUUAAGGGCCAUAGAGGGGAGGACAUUGGAAGAUCAUUAGAGAAUUGCUUGGCUGAGUGGGGCAUUGACAAGGUUUUUACAAUAACAGUAGACAAUUCUAGUGCAAACAAUAAUGCAAUUAAGUAUAUGAGGCGGGUCUUGAAUGAGUCAAAAGGUUGUUUUGUUGAAGGAGAGUACCUGCAUAUGCGAUGUGCUGCUCAUAUUAUCAACCUAAUAGUAGGUGAUGGCUUGAAGGAAAUUGAUAAAUCAAUUCAGCAUGUCCAUGCUCUUUGUUAA